UUCAAAAUGACGACAAAUACAUACAUAACAGAAGCAGAGUGAGAGAGACAGGCUCGUCUUCAGGGUUUUUACAGUAAACAGGGGGUUUAAAUUCGGAGAUACACUAAUUCUGCUUUAUUUAUCAGCUUUAAAUACGGAUUAUUCAUAGUUUACUGUGUGAACAGACAUGCCGAGCUCCCCGGUGAAGACCCGGAUCCCCCUGAGCAGCUUCGGUCAUCUGAUCACAGAGGUGAAGAAACAGCUCUUUGGGAUUGAAGCACCGGUGAAUCUUACAGGCUGGAGAAAACAUUUUAACACCUACACACUAACAGGACGCAGAAAUUUUGUUCUGGCAACCUAUGGCGUCCUGGCUCUGACUGCAGCCGCCUACAUGAUGAACCGCAACAAAAACAAGGAACACCCAACACCGUCACCACCCUCGUAAAGACGCCUAAAUACAGCCAAGAUUCUAAAAAGUUGGUCCACUCUGUUAAAUGUAAAUGAAUAAAAAAGAAAAAUACUAAAUAAAAUAAAAUGUGUAUUUAAUUAACAAUAAAACAUACAACAUGUA